AUGCGUCCGAUAAUGGAUACUUCUCUCGUGAAAGCUCUUCCCUUCUCAUCCGCCUGGCUGCCGGGGGAUCGCUGGCCGGAGACGUGCCUCCGCCUGCCUCUGCUGCUGCUACUCCUCCCAGUAACUCUCAUUAUCCUUCUCCUCUUCUUCCCCUCCUCCGCACCACUGCCCCCGCCGCACCCCAACAUCCCCUGCGGCGCCGCCCCGGCCGACGCCACCGCCGGACGCUGGGUCCAGACCCCGUCUCCCCCGCCGCCUGCCCUCUACAACCAGUCCUGCCCCUUCCACCGCAUCAGCUGGAACUGCCUCCGCAACGGCCGUCCCCCAGUCUCCGCGCUCUCCUGGGCCCCCUCCCGCUGCGGCUCCGGCGCCGUCGUCCCGAGGGUCGACCCCGCCUCGUUCCUCGCGGCGGCCAGAGGGCGCCGGAUCGGGUUCAUGGGGGACUCGCUGUCGGAGGACAUGGCCAUCGCGCUGCUCUGCACGCUCUGGUCGGGCGACGCCGGCGUGCGGCAGUGGAAGCGGCGCGGCGCGUGGCAGGGCGGUCACUUCCCCCGAGAGGACGUCGUCGUCGGCUACCACCGCGCCGUGCUCCUCGCCAAGUACACGUGGCAGCCUCUAGAGAAUUUUGAACCUCGGAAGGACGGAAUAAAGGGAACCUACAGAGUUGAUGUCGACAUUCCUGCUGACGAUUGGAUAAAUAUCACCAAGUUUUAUGACGUGCUCAUUUUCAACACUGGACACUGGUGGGGUUCGUAUAAAUUCCCAAAAGAGACCCCCCUUGUUUUCUACCGAGGAAAACUAAUUGAGCCUCCACUUAGCAUCUUUGAUGGGCUGAAGGUAGCCCUCAAAAGUAUGGGCUCCUACAUCAAAAGGGAGGUCCCAAGUAAAACCCUGAAGCUGUGGCGCACACAGUCACCCAGGCACUUUGAUGGAGGCGAUUGGAAUCACAACGGCAGCUGUGUCUCUAACAGGCUCCUACAACAAAAUGAGCUCGAUUCCUGGUUUGAUCCAAGGUUCAGGGGAGUGAACAAAGACGCGAGACUAGUGAACUCAUUGCUCCAGGAAGCGCUAGUUGAGACGGACAUCCAGCUGCUCAACCUGACCUACAUGAGCGAGUUCCGCGCCGACGCCCAUCCGGCUGUCUGGCUCGAGAAGAAGGAUGAGGUGGUAGUCUGGAGGCAGGACUGCAUGCACUGGUGCCUGCCCGGCGUACCGGACACGUGGGUCGACAUCUUGGCAGCACGGAUCUUGCACUACUUCAAGCAGGGCAAAGGUUGA